UGCAUCCUUCCACUAGAAAUUUGUUUGUUUUGUUGGGGGAAAGAGACUAAAAUUCAUGUGGGAAAAUUUUAUCAUCACCGAUGAAUUCUUGUUACCGAGGAAUGAACUCUGACUUUGCUGAAAUUUGCAACAGACAAAUCGGUAUUGUUCCAUCAACAAACUUCUCUCGCAGAUUCAUUGCUUCAGAGAUUAUUGUAAAACAGUUGAAUCUUGAACACAAGUUAAAUGGUCACGAUGGCUGUGUAAACGCCGUCGAGUUUAACUCCACUGGCGAUCUUCUUGUGUCCGGUUCCGAUGACUGCAAAGUCAUACUCUGGGAUUGGGCAAGAAAUUCUAAGAGGUUUUCGUAUCCUUCUGGGCACCUCGACAACAUAUUCCAAACCAAAAUUAUGCCGUUCACUGAUGAUCAGAAAAUAGUAACUUCAGCUGCCGAUGGAAAGGUAAGACUUGGGCAAGUCUUGGGUGAUGGCAGAGUCAUUACCCAAAUGUUAGGGGAGCAUCAAGGCUCUGUUCAUGAACUUGCUGUGGAGCCUGGAAGCCCUCACAUAUUUUACAGCUGCGGCGAAGACGGUCUUGUGCAGCAUUUCGAUCUACGCAAUACUUCUGCAAGAAAACUUUUCUAUUGCACCGCAUUUGCCGAAAGGAGCAGGCAUCCUCCUAACAGUAUUGAACUGAAUGCCAUUGCUAUUGACCCAAGAAAUCCAAAUUUCUUUGCAUUGGGUGGUUCAGAUGAAUAUGCACGCUUGUAUGAUUUGAGGAAUUGCCGAGGUGAUGUUACAAGUUCGAAUAGAGUUGUUGAUACUUUCUGCCCACACCAUUUGACUCAAACUAACAAUUUCCACAUCACGGGAUUGGUUUUCUCAAAUUCCAGUGAGCUGCUAAUAACUUACAGUGACGAGCUUAUUUAUCUGUUUCAGAAGAAUAUGGGGCUAGGCCCCUCACCAUUGACUGUCUCAUCUGAGAAUUUGUUGCGGGAACUUAAACGGCCACAUGUUUUCUCUGGACACAGAAACUCAGCAACAGUUAAAGGGGUGAAUUUCUUUGGCCCUAAUGCAGAAUAUAUUGUGAGUGGCUCCGAUUGUGGUCAUAUAUAUAUUUGGAAGAAGAAGGGAGCUUUACUUGUGAAGUUAAUGUUGGGUGAUCAUGAUGUCGUAAAUCAUAUCGAGCCCCAUCCACACCUGCCUAUUCUUGCUACGUGUGGCAUUGAAAAUAAUGUAAAAAUUUGGACUCCCAUGGCUAGUGAUGUUCCUCCAUUGCCUGAUGACAUGGAACAAAUAAUGGAGUCCAAUAAGCAAGGAAGAGAAGAGCACUCACGAGUGACCCUUACUCCUGAUGUUAUCGUGCAUGUCCUGCGGCUGCAAAGAAGACAAACAUCUGCAUUUACGGAAAGACGAUACAACCCAGCCGAUAACAACAGUGAUGGAGAAAAUGAAUGGGAAGCUUAUAAUCAAGAAGCCCUAGAUGGCAGUGUUUCUUUUGAAGAUGAUUCCACAGAACAUGCUUCUGAGUGUAACAUCAGCUAGAAUUACGCAUUAAGUGUAAGCUCCUGGCCUCUUCAUUGCAAAUUUUGCAUUACUGCUCAUCAGACUCGUUUAGAGUGAUUUUGCUACCUCAUUAUGUUGUGUUUUUCUUUCUAUUAAGUUCCAGGGAUAGUUUCUAUUUGGAUCCUAAGUUUUCAGAUGCUACAUGUUUAGUUUUUAAAUUUUGAGUUUGCUUUCAAUUUAGUCUCUAAGUUUGGAAAGGUACAACUUUACUUUUGAAAUUUGAGUUUGGUUCAAUUUGGUUCUUAA